AUGCAGCUCGCUGACCUUCAUACUCGUAUUUCGACCACCGAAUUUGAAACGGACUAUUUGUGCAACAGAUUUGUGAUCGCGAAUUCGGGCCAUCACGCCCACUGGAAUCCGCUCUCAACUUGCUUAGGGAUUGAAGCCGUCUACGAUCUGCUGGGUGCAUGGCUCGGGAAGGAAUUCAAAAGACCCAGUCAGUGGUCGAAGUGGUACAGAUACUUGAGCCCUGAGCAGACCGGCGGAUCAAGGACACGACGAUCCUCCUGUAGGAUAUUGGUCAGUGAAACCGCCAUCUCCCAGCCGACUCUGGUCAAUGUGGCAGAGCAUGCGGAGCCAGAGACCUUCAACAUCGAGAAAGCUUUGGAGUCCUUCCUUGCCGACGUGAGCAGCCAGGAGCUGCGGCUGCCGCCUUUGGAUCCCGAGCAGCGCAAGCAGGCCAAGAAGCUGGCGGAGAAGUAUCCGGAGAUGAAGUGCGAAAGCUACGGUUUUGGUGAGGAACGCAGAUUGCAUCUGUUCAAGACCGCGGCAACAUUGAAAGCCGGCCUGGCAAAGGAAGGUCCCAAGGAGCUGCAGCAGGCAGAGUGUGCUUCGGAUCAUUCCACUGCCGUUUCAGGAGCUGCCUCGCCGGAAAAGACAGAGGGCAUUUCUGGCGGUGCCUUAUUUGAAGAAGUUGCGGCACUACUGUCAAAUCUCUACCAGGUGCGGAACACUUUCAUCCACAUCGAGGAGAAGGGGUUUGUGGAUCAGCGCAACAUCCAGUCUAUGCCUCAUGGAAUGUUUCGGCAGUGCUUGCAGGAGGAAGCUGCCCAGAUCCCACAAGACGGUCACGCAGGCCCCGCGACUCCUGCUGCCGAACCUGCCAAUGAUGCCAAUGCAUGGAUUCCAGAGGUUCCGGAGAUCACCAAGACCAAGGACUUCGCUCCUGGUACGGAGGUGAUCAUUGAAGGACUGCAGAAAUUCCCCGCUUUCAACGGGCUUCGCGGCACCAUCCAGCUUCUAGACAAAACCACAGGUCGCUACAAUGUGCAACUUGCCUCUUCUGAUGGGCCCAUGGACCAGAUCGCCAAGAUCAAGGGCGACAACCUUCGAAUGUUGGCGCCGCCUCCGCCAAGCGCUACGCCAGAGACCCCAUCCAAGAUGCACGCCAGGGCACCGGACUUCGUCCCGAUGCAGCAGUGCGUGAGAAUGCCGAACGUGCAGCCCAACCUUCAGAUGAACGCACAGCACCUGCAGCCGAACGUUCAGCCAAACCCGACUUGGCAGGAGCCCGCCCUGACGAUUCAGCAGAGCUACGCCGCAGCCCGAGGCGUUUCCCUUCGGAUCCAUCCCAGUACUACGCAUACCAGUGCGCACCGAAGAUUGCAGCCCGCUGACUUCGCCAUGGGAAGUUUGCGGAUGACCCUGGAAGACCUGAAUUCCAUUCUGCGCCUGGAGAAUGCUGGAAUUUGUGCUGCAAAGGCUGAGGCCAAGGCAGCGGCACACCCAUGCUGCCAAAGUGAUACCGAGGUCGCCAACAUGUUCAUCCGAUCUGGCAGGCAGGGCAUUGAAAGGGUGCCAGCUUUGCGCUGCGAAGUCAGCGCGACGAUCUAUGGCCCUGCCGAGACAUCCAGCGACUCGCAUGAGUCUGACUCAGACCAUUUCCACGAGGAUGGAGAUCCUGAGCCUGCAAGCGGAAAGAAGCAGAGGAGAAGACAAGUGCACCGCAUCCUGGACAGAGAAGGCGUGGAGUUCCAAAGCCAGGGCGUCUUCCACGUGGUUCAGACGAGGAGAACUUGCACAAUCUUCCUCCUAGACUUCUUUCACACAGUUAUUCAUCUACCCUUUCCGGGACUCUUCGUGGUGACCUUGACUGUGUACUUUGCAUGCUUCGCCUUCUUUGCUCUGUUCUGGAUUUGGUUCAGCGAUGUUUGCGCUAUCGGCCUCGACUCCUACAGAGAUGCAUUUUAUCUGUCCGUGGAAACGCAGAUGACAAUCGGCUAUGGCGUUCCAGACCCUAACUUCGGCGACUGCUGGGAAGCAGCGGUCCUCAUCGUGGUUCAGACGGUGGUUGGGUUGAUGCUGGAUGCCACAGUGAUCGGGGUGGUCUUCCAAAAGCUGGCCAAUGCGAAUGCCCGUGCAAACACUGUGAUCUUCAGUGACACUGCAUUGCUAGAGGUGGAGGAGGGUUGUGCAUAUCUUCGCUUUCGCGUGGCGGACAUGUCUUGGCGGCCAUUGUCUCAGGCGACAAUGCAAGUGUAUUGCGUGCAGCAUCAUCGAGAUGAAAGCCAGCCGCGUGGAAUCCGCGUGGAGCUAGCCGCCGUGCAUCUUGAAGAGCCCGACACCGAUAUCCACAACGGCAUCAUAUUCCUAGGCCUGCCCGCCAUGGUCUCCCACAAAAUCAAUUACGAGAGCCCGCUGUCGCCAGAUGUGCCUGCUGGCACGACCGGCAGUCCGACUCCGAAUGACGUUCGAAAGUACCUGAUUGAGUCGCCUUAUUUGGAAGUUCUGGUGUUGCUGAGUGGCACGGAAGAAUCCACAGGAGCCAUCGUAGAAGCGCGACACUCCUACACCCUGGAUGUGCCCUGGCAUGCCACGGAGCUGAGGCAAACUGUACAUGUAGAGACUGUAUGGGCCAUGGAGUGGGCGCAGACCGAAUCACUAGGAGCUGCCAACCAAUCUACAGUGGUCAAUGUAAGAGAUGUUGCGGGCCCAAAGGCCGUCGUGGGAGCCUGGAGCGUGCCCAAUUUUGGCAAGGGAGAUGAGAACCAGGAUGCUUUCGUGACCUCUUGCAGCGAAAAUGGGACCAAAUGCUUCGUGGGUGUCUUCGACGGACACGGAGAUCAGGGAAAGCGCAUGUCCCAUUUUGCAAAACAGGCUCUCAGCAAGAGCCUCUUCAGCAAUACAGAUCUCCAUACCGAGCCCGUGGCGGCGAUACAGGCCGCGUUCCGAGACACCCAGGAAAAGAUUGAGAAAGAGCAUCGUCAUCAAGCAGAGCUGUCUGGGACGACGGCCAUUACAGCUUACCAGCACCGCAAUCGUUUGGUAGUUGCGAAUGUAGGGGACUCGCGAGCUGUGCUGGGUCGAUGCAGCACGCCUGCGCGGCAGACCGUGUCUGCUGUUGACCUUUCCAAUGACCAGAAACCGGCUCGUCCAGACGAGCGCCAACGAAUCCUGGCUGCUGGCGGGACUGUAGAUCAGAUGGCCAUCCCGAUCGUCCAGCGUGGCGGCGUGAGAUGGAUACGCGCAGGUCCAGAACGUGUCAUGGACAAGCAAGGCAUGGGCGGCUUGGCGAUGUCUCGCUCCCUCGGCGACUUGAGGCUCCACCCGUAUGUCAGCUCGCAACCGGAGGUCGUCGAGCGAAAGCUGGACAGCAGGGAUAAGGUACUCGUACUUGCUUCUGAUGGUGUUUGGGAUCAUGUGACCUCCCAAGAGGCUGUCGAGAUCGCUGGCAGAGUUGACGAUCCCAAGGCCGCAGCGCGCGAAAUCACAGGAAUUGCCCGCCAGCGGUGGCAGAUCGCCACUGAUGGCCAGAUGUCGGACGACAUCACAGCAGUUGUAGUUCGCCUUAACGGUGAUUCCCAGGCGGCGUCGCAGGCAAUGGCUGCCGGCCCUGUGCCAAAAGAGAGCCAGACGGCGCAGAUGCGGAGGACCAGCGUGCUCACCUCGCUGUUUGGAGGUGGCCCUCGACGGGGAGCACGAUUGGAGGUUAACGGACGACUCCAGGACUCCAAGAAACCAUCUUCGCCGACAUUCCCCAUGCCGCAACAUGGUUUAAGGCUUCCGGAGUGUGGUCCACGUGGUCCGGGGGGGAAACCUCGCUCCAUCACAGCAUCAGGCCGCCGUUCCGAGGCAGCUGCUGGCUUGAGGGCCAGGCCCGUUUCAACAGGGCAGGCGCCCGGUAACCCGCGAAUGGCCUUGGAUUCGCUUCCUCCUGCUGGACAGCGAAACGGUGUACUGUGA